AUGGCCUCCCCUGCUUCCUUUGGAUCCUCCAGCCCUCAUUCUGACAUCGCUGCUCCUCAAUCUGCGCCGAUCGCCGUUGUGCAGCAGGUUAACAUCCGUUCCAUUGUCCCUGUCCUUCUCGACCUCGCCGACUCCAACUACAGCCAGUGGCGCUGCUUCUUCGACUCCGUCCUCGGCAAGUUCGGACUCAAGGAGCACGUCACGGCUCCUCCGCCCAUGGCGCAGCGCGACGCUGACUGGCGUCAAGCCGACUGCUGCGUCACCAAUUGGAUCUACACCGCCCUCAUCAAGGUUGUCUUCGACAUCGUCUACAAACCACGCGCCUCGUCCUUCACAAUCUGGACGAACAUUGAAGGCCUGUUCCGCGACAACGAGCUGCAGUGCACGGUGUACCUGGAGGCCGAGUUCAGGACUCUCCAGCAAGGCGACCUGUCCAUGACUGAAUACUGCUCUUGCCUGAAGCAACUCGCCGAUAAUCUCCAUGAUGUCGGCCAGCCGGUGUACGAGCCGAGCCAAGUGCUGAACCUCCUUCGUGGCCUCAACACCAAGUACCGCCACGUCAAGCAGGUAAUCACCUCGAAGUUCCCUCCUCAUACAAUCAUGAGUGCACGGUCGUACCUUCUCCUGGAGGAGAUCCAGCUGCAACAUGAUGCGAAGAUGGAGGCUGGGCAAGCAUUCCUCGCUGGCCAUGGCGGAUCCGGCACCUCCUCAGGCUCCACCGACAACAGCAACAACUCCCGCUCCAAGUCAAAGAACAAGCGCCGCGGCCGCGGGUACGGCUCCUCCUCCAGCGGACCCUUGGCCAACCCCAGCAACGGCGGUGGCGGCGGCCCUCAGCAACGCCCAUAG